CUAACCCAAAGGGCCCAAAUAAUCCCAUAAGCCCCAACGCAUUCUUGCGAGAUCCGCAACUGAGCAGGCGAGAAGCGGACGAAACGACGGUGGGCGGCAGGAGGCGACGGCGGCGCUGCUAGGAAUCUAGGAUCACCGCCGGCUCGGCGUUAAUCCAUAAUUUUGGAUUCGUAGCAUAACCUCCGAUUGCGCGAUUCAAUUCUCCAGGAGUCUCGGGCUUCCAUGGAAACCUAGAUUUUAUAGGCACUUGUUUCCUUUUUCGCCUCUGGAAACCCUUAAUUCCAGAACUCGUAACUCUCAAUGGCUGACGAAUCUGAUGAAGUCAAUCCUGGAGACCCUCAAUCUACAGUGUGUAGUUUCUUUAGAAAGCCCACAAAGUCCAAAAACAUCCGAAAGCGUGCUGCCACCGAAGAUGAGGAGAAUGAAGAUUCAAACGCUGAGACUUCAGUCGUAUUCAAUAAGAAGAAGCCAGCAGUGGCUGACAACAAGUUACACUUUUCAACUGGACCAUCAAAGCGGGACGUGACCUCGGAAUCUGAUGCAGAUUUGAAAACCCAUACUUUCCAUUUUGAAUCCUCAGGGGGGGUUCAGGUUCAGAACGAUAAUAGAGCAACAGCUACACUGGAAACAGAAACCGAGUUCUCAAAAGAUGCCCGGGCAAUUAGGGAGCGGGUUCUCAAGCAAGCAGAGGAGGCUUUGAAAGGGAAAGAUAAGAACCCUUCUGAUGAAAAAUUGUACAAAGGGAUACAUGGAUAUACGGACUACAAGGCUGGUUUCCGGAGAGAGCACACAAUUUCGAGUGAGAAGGCUGGUGGAUCACACGGUCCUCUUAGAGCUUCUGCUUACAUUCGAGUUUCAGCAAGGUUUGACUAUCAGCCAGACAUAUGCAAGGAUUAUAAAGAAACAGGGUAUUGUGGUUAUGGAGAUUCAUGCAAGUUCAUGCAUGAUCGUGGGGAUUACAAGCCAGGAUGGCAGCUGGAGAAAGAGUGGGAGGAAGCAGAGAAAGCCAAGAAACGAAGAAUGGAGAUGGGAAUGGUUGAUGACGAAGACGAAGGUGCGGAGCAGAGUGAUGAGGGGGAAGAUGAUGAUUCAUUGCCCUUUGCAUGCUUCAUCUGUAGAAAACCGUUUGUCGACCCCAUUGUGACAAAGUGCAAGCACUACUUCUGCGAACAUUGUGCAUUAAAGCAUCAUGCGAAAAACAAGAAGUGCUUCGUAUGCAACGAGCCUACUCUUGGGAUAUUCAACACUGCAUUCGAUAUACGCAAGAAGACGGCUGCUGCCGGAGGAAAAUGAUCCCCUCUUUCUGUUCACUGCAUCUCACAAGAGAGUAACCUUUUUUUAUAAAAAAAACUUUGUAAUGAUAGUAUUGUAUCAUCAUAUUCCAGCUUUCUAGUUCUUAAAAUAUACUGGCUUAGGUCAUGUGCAAUAUAUCCAUUUAUGGUUUUUUUCCCCUUCCUUUUGGCAAAAUCUAUCUACACAAUUUAGGCUCAAUAUACAAAUUAUUUAUUUCAAUAUAUCCACAUUUAUCUCCCUUCUUAAGAAAUUUAAGUUGUCCAA